AUGGGAGGUCCAACCUUCAUCACCAGGUGUCAGACUAGGCCACUCGGAAGCGGCCCGUCUUCGUCUGGGUUGCAUCACCCAGCUUUGGUGCUGUCGAGAAGAUUCCACCGCUUGAAUUCCACUAACCGCAACAGCUUUCCUGCAUUGUUGGCAUCUCCGAGCGCACCCAGACCUGGUAUUACCCUGAGGCCUAGAUCACCAUCAGGUAAGCUGGAGUAUUUCCUCCGUACUUCGAUCUUGUUGCCAGGACAGGCCUGGGUUUCGGUGUACGUUGCCGAACGUCACCGGGAUGAAAGAGAUGAGCCUGUAGCCAAUCAUCCACCCGCUGAAGGGAAAUCCUACCCAUCCCGGCAAUAUAGGCGAUCGCAAUUGGCGUGA